AUGCCGCCGAGGCGCAAUCCCCCACCUGCUGCCCUAGCCUUCGAUAUGGAACAGUUUACUGCUAUGUUCCAGACAUUCCAAAAUGCUCAGAAUCCUCCCCAGGAUCCAAAUCCUGCUCAACAACGCCUGACAUUGCUUGAGAGGUUCAUGAAGCAGAAACCUCCCACAUUUCUUGGCGAGCCUGAUUCGGUAGCCCCAGAGCAAUGGUUGAAGAGUAUUAAAAAGAAACUCCGGACUCUCGGUAUCCCACCAGAGUACUGUGUCGACUUUGCGACCUACAUGUUUGAAGGGAAAGCAGAAGAGUGGCUAGAGAGCCAAGGAGAUGACUAUGAUAUACCUAGCCUCUCUUGGGAUGAGUUUGAGGCCCUCUUCAAGAGAUCGUUCAUUCCUGAGAAUCACCGACUAAGAAUGAUCAGGGAAUUUGAUGAUUUGGUACAGGGUGAUAUGACAGUGACGCAGUACCAUGCACGGUUUAUCGAGCUAUCCCGUUACAAUCCAGGUGCUGUUGCUGAUCCCAUGACGCGGUGUGAGAAAUUCUGGAAAAACCUGAGGCCUAGACUGAGGCAGAUGAUAGCCUCGACUGCUUCAAACAAUUUCCUUAAGUUGGUUGAUGCAGCAGAGCGAGCAGAGGCAGAGCUGAACAGUACCUAUGGGGAAUACAAAGGUUCAGGUGGGAGUGGAAAAUCGAGGAAGAUGGGUAAGAAAGACAAGGUACAGGGACAAGGUCCGCAGACCAGUGGCAGUAGUAGCUCCUCAGGUAGUGGGCGUUUUCAGCCUUACGCAUGCUAUACCUGUGGACAGACCGGACAUCUCAAACGGAAUUGCCCAAAUCGUCUGAUGCAGUCUCCCCUAGGCCCCGGGGAACAACAAGGCAGUCACGCUGGUUCAGCUUCAGGGUACCAUCAGUUAAGGGUAAGAGAAGAGGAUGUUUCAAAAAUAGCUUUUCAUACUCGCUACGGUCACUACGAGUUUCUCGUUAUGCCGUUCGGACUGACCAAUGCACCCGCCGCAUUCAUGGACCUCAUGAAUAGAGUCUUUCGUCCGUACUUAGACCGAUUCAUCAUUGUUUUCAUUGAUGACAUCUUGGUCUAUUCCAAGACUCAGGAGGAACAUGCAGAACAUCUGAGGAUUGCCUUACAGACUUUGAGGGAGCAUAGCUUGUAUGCCAAGAAAGAGAAGUGUGACUUCUAG